AUGGAGCUGAAAAUCCUCGUUUAUUUUCUUUUUUGUAAUGAGGACGUCAGUCUGCGUUCAUUCGGAUACAUCCUAGUAAGUUCUCCGAGGAGCGCAAGAUUACGCUGUAAAUGUAUCAAGAACCUGGAGCCAAGCAUGAAAAAGGCGACCAAGCCCACGGCCGCCACCUCCAGAACCUCAGUGGGCACUAAAGCCCCAGGCAGACCAGAGGGAAGCAGCAUUAUGGGCACAGGUGGCAAGAUGACGAACAAAACUCAGAGUUCAGCUCCACUACCUAAGGCAAAGAGCAGUGAUGAUCUCCCAGCGGUGAGUGCAGGAAGUGGAGCAGUGUCUGUUAGCAACAGUAACACUACUGCUAGAAACAAGAGAGGAAGCUCCUCUCAGAACACCAGCAGCACUGACACCAGGUCCAAGACCAGUUCAGGUCUUUCAGCAAGGCGUGCCAUGUCAUCCACAGCCAAGGAUCCAGGCACGACCCGAGACAACUUGCGAGAACGUACCAGAGCUAGUGUUGCCAAAAAGCUUGCUGUACCCACCGAUGCCAUGCCUCAGAAGCGUUCACGAUGCCGUACCGUAGCAGAGACUGAUUCUCGGAUUAGCAAAUCUCGUUCAGACAGCCAGAUAAGCCAUAAAGCAGUGCUGGAGUGUCAAGUGAAGGACCUGCUGGGCUUAGCCAAGAGCAAAGACCUGGAGAUCCUCCAUCUCCGCUCUGAACUUAGAGGUAUGAGAGCCCAGCUUGGUCUGGAAGAACUUGAGGCCCCUGAUCCGGAACAAGCAUCUCAAGAGACCAAGCAGCCUCAGGAGAAAGAGGUUUCUCCUGUGAUCAGUGCCACAGAUGUGGAGUCCACUCUGCUCCUCCUUCAAGACCAGAACCAGGGCAUCCUUGAUGAGCUAAAUAUGCUGAAGAGUGAAAACCGGAUGCUGAAGGAUCGUCUCAAUGCUCUCGGCUUCUCUCUGGAGCAUCGUCUAGACAGCCCUGACAAAGGUCUGCGCUGCCCGUCCUUUAGUCCUGAGCCUGUAUCUGGUGGAGGCAGUGGAGGUCACAGCGAAAACAGUGGGGGUGGUAUGCGUGCAUCUUCNGCAGAAGGCUCUGCCCAAGGCUCUACCGAGGACCUGCUUUCAGAAACGAGACGUGUAGGCUCUCCUGAUGCACUGGACAGUGAGUGCAGUGAGGCCUACCAGCCGAUCACCUCCAGCGAUGAUGCUCUGGACGCGCCCUCUGGAUGUGGAUCCUCUUCUGAAUCAGAAGGAGGGCCACCGAGCCGGGAACAUUCCCGCAGGGGCAGCAGCGGGAACACCAGUGAAGUUUCCAUGGCCUGCCUGACUGAGCGCAUCCAUCAAAUGGAGGAGAACCAGCACAGCACCGCAGAAGAACUCCAGGCCACUCUGCAGGAGCUUGCUGACCUGCAGCAAAUCACACAAGAGCUGACCACAGAGAAUGAACGCCUGGGCGAGGAGCGUGCCAUUCUGGUUGACUCCCUCUGUCAACAAGGGGAGCGUCUGGAACUGUACGGAAGACAGCUGGACUACUUCCGAGGCCUGCUUGAUGAGCAUCGGGUGGCCUACGCCAAGGAUGAUGAAGAUGCCAAAAGCGGCCGAUACGUGGAACUGGAAAGACGCUACUCUGAGCUGAACGAGGACUCACGUUUUGAGCGAGAGCAGCUGCUGGGUGUUCAGCAACAACUAAGCAGUGCUCUCAAGAUGGCAGAACAGGAGAAUGCAGAAGCCCAAGGCCUGAUGGGAGCAUUGAAGGAGCGUGUCCAUGUGGCGGAGAGAGCUGUGGAAAUGGAGCGGAGGGAGCGGGCAGUUGCCAAAGCGGAGUUGGAAGCACUGAGGGUAGUGUCCGAAGGGGAGCAGGUGGAGCUGAAUCGCUGCAGAAUCCAACUUGAGCAAGAGAGGCAGAGAGUUGCCCAGCUCCUCUCCAUCCACAACGCAGGGGAUAAGACAGACAUACGCCACCUGCUGGACAGCGAGAGAUUAGACAAAGAGCGAGCAGAGGCCAAAGCAGCUCAGUUACAAGAGGAACUGGGGCACACAUGCAGUGAAGCUGCCCAGCUCCAGGAGGCAAUUAGCAAGCUUGAGGGUGAGUUCCGAGCGUUUCGUGACGAUGUCCAGGCACAGUUAGCAGAGCAGAAGCGGCUCCUGGAGCAGCAGUGCUCUGAGCUAGAGGAGAAGGACACUGAGAUCGCUGACAUGAAGGAGACCAUCUUUGAGCUAGAGGAUGAACUGCCAACAUUGUUGUUACAAAUGUAUAACAAACAAAUUUGUCUGGUGUUGACCAAAUAUGUUUUGUUUUCAUUAUCUUAUUCCAUCCAAAAACUUCAUGAUCAGAAAUAUGACAUGGAGAAAGAGAUUAAGAUUCUUCACCGAAAAUUGCGGGAGGAAUCAGCUGAGUGGCGUCAGUUCCAGGCUGAUCUGCAAACAGCAGUCAUAAUCGCCAACGACAUCAAGACAGAAGCUCAGGAGGAGAUCGGAGACCUGCGACGCCGCCUGCAGGAAGCUCAGGAGAAAAAUGAGAAGAUGAACAAAGAGCUGGAUGAACUAAAGAGCAAGAAGCAGGAAGAGGAGCGUGGCCGAGUGUUUAAUUAUAUGAAUGCCGUGGAAAGAGAUUUGGCCGCGCUGAGGCAGGGGAUGGGCCUGAGCCGACGGUCCUCCACUUCCUCUGAACCUUCACCCACCGUCAAAACACUCAUCAAGAGCUUCGACAACGCCUCACAAGGUCCUGUUCCAGCCAGUCCUGCCGCUGAUGCUGCUGUUGCUGUUCCUGUUGUUGCUGCUGCCGCUAUUCCCAGAACGCCUCUCAGUCCCAGUCCCAUCAAAACCCCUCCAGCCGCUGCUGUCUCUCCUAUGCAGAGGCACACCAUAAGCUCAGCCAAACCUCUGUCGUCAAUGCUGGACAAGAGGCCGAGCUACACGGACCUGAGCAUACCAGCUGACCACCUCCUCCGGACCUCACCUGUAACACGCCCCAGCUGCAGCCUCCAGAGGGUGACAAACAUAGAUUCGACUAAGUCCAUAUCAGUUUCUCGCAGAAGCAGCGAAGAGUUAAAGAGAGAUUUGUCGGUAACAGAUGCAUCAACGCCAUCGUCAGUCAUCGCGUUAGGCUCGUCUUCUCCCCAGCUGUCUUUGUCGUCCAACUGCUCCUCCCCGACCGCCUCCGUCACACCCACCACACGAGGACGUUUACGAGAGGAACGGAAGGACCCUCUGUCUGCGUUAGCCAGGGAAUAUGGUGGAUCCAAGAGGAAUGCUCUGCUCAGGUGGUGCCAGAAGAAGACUGAGGGUUAUCAGAACAUUGACAUCACCAACUUCAGCAGCAGCUGGAAUGAUGGGCUCGCUUUCUGUGCCAUUCUUCACACCUAUCUGCCGGCACAUAUCCCUUACCUCGAGCUCAACAGCCAGGACAAGAGGCGGAAUUUCACUUUGGCUUUCCAGGCAGCACAAAGUGUGGGAAUUAAAUCGACACUGGACAUUGGUGAAAUGGUGCACACAGAAAGACCCGACUGGCAGAGUGUCAUGACCUACGUGACGGCCAUCUAUAAGUAUUUUGAGACCUGAGAAUCUUCUUGAACGGCUGUAUUGGCAGCUUCAGCCUUACCUCGGUUCGCCUUCCUUGCUGCGGAAUGCUACUCCCAAGAUGCUACAAAUUUCCCAGAGGUCUUAGCUGCGAACGGGGGAAGCUUGAUCGACUUCGUCCAGUGUUUUCCCAAAAUCCUAUAUGGCUGCAGAAACAGGCCAGAUCCUGCUAAGCUUCUCUGAACAGCAGUGCUUUUGAAGAGAAGUGGGAAGUCGGUGGGAUCAUGAGCCAGCAACUUCCUUUAAGAACACUGCAACACUAUUUAAAGUGUAUUGUGCCAACCGAGCAACGAAAAUGUGUAUCUCAGAAUACGAUUGCCUUUGAAAGAUGCCUUGUUUUCUAGUUUUCUCAUAAGGAUGACCUCUCUAUGCCAGUACUGGUCUUAGAUUAUCAGCAUUUAUUCCAAAGAGUGAUACCACAACAGGCUUCGCCCACAAAAAUGGUGUUUUCAUUAGCCUGAAUAAGCUCAAAUCUGUCUCGUUUGAUUUAUU